GGCCACGUCCCUGGCCACGUCGCGCUCGCUUUCGCCAUCUUCGCAGCUUCCUGUCUGUGGCCGCCGCCGCCGCUGCCUGAGCCGCGGAGCCUGGGGCCGCCGCGCAGACCGCCGCCGCCAUGAACAUCUUCCGGCUGACCGGGGACCUGUCCCACCUGGCGGCCAUCGUCAUCCUGCUGCUGAAGAUCUGGAAGACGCGCUCCUGCGCCGGUAUUUCUGGGAAAAGCCAGCUUCUCUUUGCACUGGUCUUCACAACUCGUUACCUGGAUCUUUUUACUUCAUUUAUUUCAUUAUAUAAUACGUCUAUGAAGCUUAUCUACAUUGCCUGCUCCUAUGCCACAGUGUACCUGAUCUACAUGAAAUUUAAGGCAACCUACGAUGGAAAUCAUGAUACUUUCAGAGUGGAGUUUCUGGUGGUCCCUGUGGGAGGCCUCUCGUUUCUAGUCAAUCAUGACUUCUCUCCUCUUGAGAUCUUGUGGACCUUCUCCAUUUACCUUGAGUCAGUGGCUAUCCUACCACAGCUCUUCAUGAUCAGCAAGACCGGGGAGGCUGAGACCAUCACCACCCACUACCUGUUCUUCCUGGGCCUCUACCGUGCUUUGUAUCUUGUCAACUGGAUCUGGCGCUUCUACUUUGAGGGCUUCUUUGACCUCAUCGCUGUGGUGGCCGGCGUUGUCCAGACCAUCCUGUACUGCGACUUCUUCUACUUGUACAUUACAAAAGUACUCAAGGGAAAGAAGCUCAGUCUGCCAGCGUAAGUGCCAAAGACCAUGACCAGCAUCUGUCCUUCAGGGUGCUCGGACAGAAUUCUUACCACAGCAAAGGCACAAGAUGCUUCAUAUGGAAAAUCAGAAACUUAACUCUUUUGUUGCAGAUAGUCAUCUAUGGCUCUGUAAGAACCCAGAGGGGAAGAACCAGAAGGUUUCUGUUCAGUGCAUCUUGCCUUACCUUUUUUUAUUACUAUGUACAAAGAUUUUUUUACACAAAGAAACUUAAUGCUGUAUUAAUAAAGUCAGUGUGUAGCUUCAAUUGGGAUAGUUGCAAAAGUGAAGAUUUUGUGAGGAAUAAGUGCAAACUUUUUUUUAAAUUCUUUGAAAUUGUUGAUUCUUUGUGUCUGCAAUGAAAUCAUACUCCUUGACAAUUGGUAGAUUAUAUAUUCCUCCAUCUAUCAAACUUGCAUUCCACUAUAUUUAUUUUUUUGCCAAGAGAUGAGUUAUCUUUGUUUGAAAUCUGAGACACUGUGUCCAGUUUGGUACAUCUGUUCAAAUCACUUCCCACCUGAUGUGGAAAUCCUUCCUUGGACGUCACAACACUACAUUUAAAGCUGGUAAGGGUGACUUGCAAGUCUUACGGUUUUCAUUACCAAAAUUUUAAGAUUCUGAAUGUCGAUGGAGUCUCAUUUAGGAGUCAGCAAAGGUGCCUGCCCUCCUCCCCUACUAAGAAGUGUCAGUUUGAGACUGUCCCAAGGCUGUUAAAGAGCUCGGUGGGCAGGGGCUCUGGGCUGCCUGCUGUCUGAGCGUGAGGUGCAGGAAGCAUUUGUGAUUAUUUUGGAUCUAGGACUCCUCUGAGAAGUGGAACACGAGUAGUUACCUAUCACUUUAAUUUAUAGUUACAGAAGAUUACUACAACCAUGUCUAUGCUCAGAUUCUUCAUACCACUUUUGGAUAGCAAAGUGAUUUCCUUUUUUUUAACUGGCAGCACCAAUUGCCAUUCCUUUUACUUUUUUUUGUUUUUUGUUUUGUUUUUACUGAGCUCUUGCGUGACUUAUCUUGUGUUACCAUCCUAAAUAAACAUUUUACUAAACAUAGAAGAAACUGUCUUUUUUCUGAAUUAGGCUUUUGGAACAUCCUGUGUCAGGAUGGGUUUUUAUGUUUUUCGAUUGGCAACAAAAGCUCUACAUAGGGCUGCAAACAUUUGUUCUCCACUUAAUAAUCUAAAACCCUCUGUAUUUUUUAGAAAAUUUGGAAUUUUCCUCCUGAUUUUGCCAUUGUAUUGGUUUGCUGUGUUUUUUUGAUUUAUGCAAAAGCAUUUGACUUUGUUUUUAUGUGAUGCACCAUAAAUGUUAACGUGUUGAAUACUAACGUGCUUACUACAAGAAGGAUGUAGUCUUCUUGCUUGCUGCAUUAAAAUACCUUGUGGAGGAAGGGA